AUGGUUGCCAACACAAUAUCCUUAGUCGUCUUGUACAAAGUAAAAGAUUAUCGAAAAAUGUCAUCAACAUACUACCUCUGCAGCAUAUUGGUUGCAAAUAUUUUGGCUUGCUUGUAUGAAAUACCGUACUACACUUUCAGCGUUGUUUAUGAUCUUCCAAGCCCAGAUGGCGAUAAACACAAAGCAGCGUGUAGGGCUAGUGUUUUCUUAACAUAUGCAACAUCAACCGUCAAAAUAUACUUGUUGACUGCCUUAUCCGUAGACAGGUAUAUUGCACUAUCUUUUCCUUUUCUCUACGACGAAAAGUGUACUAAAACGAAGGCAAUACUGGCAAAUGCAGUAGCUUGGAUGCUUCCAAUUAUGUUUAUCAUUCCUCUAUCUGCAAUCGAUGGUCUAGCCAUCUACAUGGGAGUUGUUGGUACGGCAUGUGGAAUCAAUUGGAAUACAGUUAACAAGGCGUUUUUCAUGACUAUAAUGACCUUUUGUUUUGUAUUACCGUGCGUUAUCACCGCAUUCACUAACAUCAAGGUCUUUUUUAUUGCAAAAAGGCAAAAAAGAAGUAUUUCUAGCCAGUCUACACGGCUAGAUAAUGAUGGGAAGGACGUGGCCUGCCGUGAGUUGACUACAGUUUAUGGCAUUGAUGUCGAAAAACAGACAGAUGUCAGUCAGGCUAGUCCAGAUAGAAGUUCCACACAGCCUGAGAAGUUCCACAAGGGGAACGAAACAGUGGCAAGAGAAAGCGAGUCAUUGGCGGAGAAAAAACAAGAUUUAUCUAAACAAGCUAAAGGAACGGGUGUAGAAGAUACUAUAUACAAAGAUACCGAGGGAAUAUUGAAAACUAAAUCCAGGAGCGGUGAUAUUUCAAAAAAGGUAUGCAGGGUGAAAGAAGGAGACAAACCUGACCAUCGUUCACAAAGCGUUACUUAUGAUAAAAAUGUUCCAAAAAGAAACGAGAUCUCAAUGCUAAAGAGAGGGAGUCGCAUUUUGAGAGUCGUAGAAUGGAAUAUUGUUCUUUCUACGCUGAUUUUGGUAGCUGCCUUUUUCAUAACAUGGGCUCCUUUUGCAAUAUCUCGGGUAUACGAAUCAUUUCAAGGCAUUCUUGGGGAUAGAGUCAUCCUUUACACAACAGCACCAACAUUGUUGGACAUAAUUCACAAUCCGGUAAUCAUUGUUGGAACAAGAAGACGACUUCGACAAAAAAUCUACAAGCUUCUUUGUUGUAAAUCCUAA